AUAUAUCGUUCCAGGUUAGUGAAGCACAGAACUUGCUACGUGUAUGCAAAGAGUACGUGGUGGGCAUUAGUAUGGAGCUUCAUCGUAAGUGUCUUGGCAAAACAACACAGGAUGAAUUAAAACGCUCUCUGGAGUUGGCUGCUUAUUUCACUCACUGUGAGCUGCAGCCUGGACAUCAGAUUCUGACUUUAAGAACAGCUGUCAAUUUGGCAUUUAAGUUGAAGAAUUACAAGAUGGCAAUGAGCUUUGGGCGUCGCCUCUUAAAUCUGGGACCAAGACCAGAAGUGGCUCAAAAUAUCAGGAAGGUUGUACAGGCAUGUGAGAAAAAUCCUGUCGAUGAACUAAUAGUUCAGUAUGAUGAACAUAAUCCCUUCACUGUAUGUGCCAGUUCCUAUGUGCCGAUAUACAGAGGUAAACCUGAGGUGCAGUGUCCUCUGUGUGGGGCAUCGUACCUGCCGGAACACCGGGGUAUCACUUGCACAGUAUGCACUGUUGCACAAGUAGGGAAGGACUCCAUUGGCUUGCGUAUAUCUCCACUGCAAUUUCGGUAGACAGUGAUAGCAAGAACGAAUUACAAAAUAGUAUACUACAAAGUAUUAAUUUAUAUAUUGUCACUCUGCCCUGCUGGGAGAUGGCCAUUAAAGUUAAAAAAUAUUAAUAAGUAUACAUAAAUUUUUCAUGAACUUUGUAGGACAGAUAUGAAAUGCUUAUAUUGCUGGAUAUCCAUUUCUGUACUGAAGACCAAGCUAUUAGCAGUUUAUUAUGCAUCUGAAUCAAAUAAAUCUGGAUUUUUAUCAUGUCAUUAGGUGCUUAGUGAGCAACCAAGAAUACAUCUUCAUUGUUUGCUAUUUACUAUACUGUAAGGUUCUAUCUAAUAUAUUAUGUACCUAGUUUUACUUAGUUUUCUUUAGAGAUCAAGCACAAGAAUAUUUAGGUUUUUAUAUUUUAAAUAUUUGUGUAAUAAUUGAUGUGAUAGGUACCAAGAGUAAUUAAAGCUGGUAAUUCAGUUUAUCAUUAUUGUAAUAGUAACAAAAUAGGAAGCAUUAAUUAUUAUUAUAAUCAAAAAGAAGCACUAAGCCACAAGGGCUAUACAGCAAGGAAGCAUUAAGCUUACUGUAUUAUUUUAAAUGGUUAAUAUUUCAAAGAAUAAAAUUACUGUAGUUUGUAUAUUA